AUGGUCCUGCAAGAAACGGUUACGGGUGGUAUCCGCGAUAAUCUCUCGCAUUACUCGAUACUUAUCGGAGCUGUCUUCUUCUGUUCCUACUUGAUUGGUAACGCAGUUUACCAGCUAUACAUCAGCCCUCUAUCGAAGUUUCCAGGUCCAAAGCUAGCCGCAGUGACGUUGUGCUACGAGUGCUACUUCGAUGUCUUCCAAUGGGGUAGAUACUGGGCAGAGAUAAAGAAGAUGCAUGAAAAAUAUGGCCCCAUAGUUCGCAUCAGCCCUUACGAACUCCACGUUUCUGAUCCUGCCUUCAUAGAAACGCUGUAUACUCGAUCCGCGCCACGCGACAAAUACAACUUUAUGACUGCUGAGUUCGGCAAUCCUUUGACAGCUUUCAGUACAGACGAUCACUACCACCACCGUAUCCGCCGCGCAGCCAUGAAUCCGUUCUUUUCCAAACAACGCAUCAUGAGCCUACAGGAUAUGAUUUGGACAUACGUCGAAAAAUUAUGUACAAGAUUCGAGGAAUAUGAUCUUGUCAAAAGAGCCAUACCUACAUGUGAAGCAUUCAGUUGUUUGGCUGCAGACGUAAUCAUCAAAUACUCCAUGGGCGUGGAACAAAAGUCUCUCGACGACCCUGACUUUGCACCAUAUUUUACACAGGCCAACAAGAGAUUUGCGUCCCUUUCUUUGAUCACUCGAUACGCACCAUGGUUACACUCUGUCAUCAACGCGUUACCGCAAAACUGGGUAGAAAAACCAAGCCCUGAAUACGCAGCGAUGAUGGAACUCCGGAAAAUGAACAACCGACGCGUGCAAGAGGUUUUUACGAAAAAGGAAAAGGUCAGGCAGGGAUCUGGAGUUGCAGAGAGCAACAUGACUAGCGAGCACACGAUAUUUCACGACCUCCUCGACAGCGAUCUACCACCGAACGAGAAGAACCUUGAGCGACUCAGCCAGGAAAGCCAGGUCAUUGUCGGCGCUGGGAUUGAUACAGUCGGCAACACAUUGAACGCUAUUUUCUUCCACCUUCUCGACAACUCGUCCACCUAUACAAAGCUCAAGGCGGAGAUAGUAUCAGCUAUGCCAGACCCCUACGAGCGUAAGGCGCUUGUGGACUUAGAGAAACUGCCCUAUCUCACCGCUGUUAUCAGUGAAGGCCUUCGAAUGAGCAACGGUCUUGCGAUCCGCAAUGCGCGCCUUGCGCGUUCGCCUAUGGUUUAUAGAGAUUAUAUCAUCCCUGCAUUCACACCAGUCGGCAUGACCGCUCCCUUGAUUCAUACCAACGAGUCAAUCUUUCCUGAAGCAGACUCGUUCAUUCCAGAGCGCUGGCUCAAUGACAACGGCGCUGUAGGUGCUAGAACAUCCGAUGGGCAGCCAUUGGACAGGUUCCUCAUGGCUUUCGGCCGUGGCACCAGAUCAUGUGUGGGUAUGAACUUGGCGUAUGCGGAGAUGCGGAUUUGCAUUGCAGCUGUGAUUAGGCGGUUCGAUAUGGAACUUUUCAACUCAAGCCGAAAGGACGUCGAUUUCGUGCAUGAUGUGUUUCUGCCUGGUGUGGAUCAGAGCAGUGAGGGCGUGCAUGUGCUAGUCAAGUAA